ACAAAUUCAUUAUACAUGCCCACAUACAAACCACUGGUCGCCUGUUGAUCUAUAAUGCUAUUUUAAAAAGGAAAAACAUAGAAUUGAUGGAGUUACCAUAUGGUAAUGAUUUGGUUGGCAUCCAGAUGACUAUCAGGCCUCUUUGGGAUUUCGUUGAAUACUGAGCUGGAUCAGUGUAAAGUGUGUCACACUGCAACAGCUUGGGUGCACUGUUGGAAGUCAGGACAACUAGGGCAGACAAUUGAAACUGGGCAAAGCCAGAGGACAGAAACCAAUAGGACUGACUGAGCCUGACAUGGUUCAUUUAUGCGUUUCCAUUUCAGAUGAUGGUCCCAGACUUGAGUCUGUACAGAAAGGAUUACCAGAGUCUGUGCAAAUUAGAGGAAGGAAGGCAAUUUACAUGGCUACUUUACGGCGACAGCGUUCCAGAGCAACCUCAACUCGGCAAGAUCGUGGUUCCUGCUCUUCUACGGCAUCUUGCCCCGUCUUCUCUGGACCCUGCAGUGACCAUGAAGAAGAGCCUCAGCUGCGUCGCCAAUCCUCUCCUUUACUCAAAGGUUCCUUUUCCAGCCUGCAGGGGUCUGUUCCAUGCAUGCAAGGAUCUUUGUCAAGUCUUGACGAACCUUUGUCUAACUUUCCGAACUCUUUACCCAAUCUCAGAGGUUCAGUCUCUCGGAUAAAGAGGAGAUCACUUGGAAGCCUGGACAACUCCAUCCCCAAUCCUAUUGAGAGAAGUAAAAGCCCUAGUCUACAGAGUGGCAACGGCAGCUCUAGUGAUGAUGAUGGAAGUUGGGAUACAAACAGCUGGAGCUCAGUGGCCACCUGCUUACUACGGACUCCUAUUAAGCAAGACAGCAAUGAACAGUCUUGCAACACUGAUCAGGUCUCCUCUGCUGCUGAGGGUGAGGAUGAAAUCAUUUACCAAAAUCUUAUCAUUUCACGUCCUCCUGCUAAAUCUGAAAGCAAAAGAGACCAUGAUCAUGAGAAUACUUGCACAACACAAAGGAAAGAUGCCGGACUCCAAAAUAUGUCAUCAUCUUGCAAAAAUGCUUCUUCGGUCUUAUUCUAUCAGUGUGGUGAGAAAUCAGAGGACAGGCGCAAGUUCUCACAGUUUCUAAAUGAAGUGACUUGCAGGGUCUUAAAAUCAAAUGGUGGUCCUCUUCAGCAACCGUUCAUUUUACGACAUAGCGAUCUAACUCCUCCACCACCUCCACCAACUCCAUCUCGCACACCACUACAUUCUGCCUUAACAAAUCCACCGCCACCAUCGACAUCAACAACAAACUUAUGGUACAGUCCAACCAGUUCGAACCUUCAGCCGAUUAAGGAGUGUGACUCCAAAGAUAUCACAAGUUCCAUCCACCAGUGGAGCAAGACAUUACCAAGCUGUAGGAUCAUAGAGCCGAGAGAAGUUCUAAGGAAAGUAAAAGAGGAGACUCACUCACACCCAGAGCCCAACCAAGAGCUAUGUCCAAAGAUCCAAGCACAAGCCCCUACUGGGAGACAUUAUCUAGAGACAGACAUUGACAGAGUGAGGCAGCUGGAUGAACUGGUAGCUAAUGGCACCCUUGGGAAAGAGAAAACUGAAAAAGUGCUUGAAGAAGGUAUAGGGAGAGUAAAGAAAAGGGAAAACGGGACUCUGUGGGAGAGAAAUGGAGGCUUGGGGAUGGAAAAAGAGAAGGAGAGGGAAAAGAGAAAAGAAGCCUCCUGGGAGAGAGACAGAGGAGGUGAGAAAAGGAGGGAAAGGGACAGAAAAAGAGAAAAGCUUUGCUGGGAAAAAGUUAGAUGGUCAGAAAGAGGGCGGGAGAAGGAGAAAAAGGUUAUUCCUACCUGUUAUGAGUCACCUUAUCCUCAUCUGGCUGCCAGUGGACGGAACAACCCCUGCCCUGUCUUCAGCUGGCCGGAGCAGCAGUUUCCGAGAAUGUCCUACAGGUCUACCUCAUUGCCCAGACCUCUAAAUGUUGCUGAAUCUGAUGGCGAGACGCAGCAUAACACAAGCUCAUUUCACGACCACAAGGAUGACCUACGUAAGCGCCUGUCGUACACUACCCACAAACUAGAGAUGGUGGAAACUGAGUUUGACUCCACUCGGCAGUACCUCGAGACAGAGCUGCGCCGGGCCCAGGAGGAACUGGAGAAAUUUACAGAGAAGCUGCGCAGGAUCCAGAGUAGCUAUGCAGCUCUUCAGAGGAUCAACCAGGAUUUGGAGGACAAGAUGCACAGGGCGUCACAGCACCACGAGGAGGAAAAGAGAGCCCUCAGCCGGGAAAUCAUUGUUCUCAACAAUCAUCUCAUGGAGGCGAAGAUCACCAUUAAUAAACUCAGAGAGGACAAUGACCUGUACAGGAAAGACUGCAAUCUGGCAGCCCAGCUGCUGCAGUGCUCCAAGUCUCACUACAGAGCACAUAAGAUGUCUGAGCUGCCACUGGAUUUCCAGGAACGCAUCAGUUCCCUCAUGGAAAAACAUAAUCAGAGUAGUGGCGUCACCAUGGCAAUGUGUAAAUCAAAUUAUCCAGACGCUGUGCCCACAGCCAUAAUUGCCAAGGUCCUGGAAAAGCCAGAGCCUGGAAGCAGUUGCCCUGUAACGCGUUCACCCAGCCCGCAGGCACAGGAUGGAGACUUUCUGACAGGAACAGGAAGCACUGAUCAUCUGAACCGGCGCCUCUCUUAUAAGACAUCUGACCUGUACUGCAGCGACACGGCGCUCUACUGUCCUGAACGAUGGCAGGACACCGAGCGCAGACAAAGUGUCGACCUUCAUGGCACUGGCCUGCUUCAGCUUCACGCUCAGAACUCUGUUGACAGCAACCCCGAUGAAGAUGCUUUCCACUCUGGAAGUUUUUCCCACCAUGAACCCCCAUCCUCCUUCCGUCACCACGAUGAGUUCGGCACUGGGAGUCUCCCAGUGUCCAGUUCCUACUCCAGUUUUAGUCUUGCAUCAGAUGAAAAGGGAGGAGUUAGUGGAGGAUGUGGGCGCACUGGCAGCAGCACCUUAUCUUCUUCCCACCAGGGUCUCUACAUGGACUGGCGAGAAGGUAGUAGUGGAGACUAUGAGCACAAAAGUAUUUCCUCCUAUGAUAAAGACAGAUCAAGCUUCCCCAAGUCCCACAGCAUCCAGCACAUGGCAACCCAAAGGAGCCCCCAGAAGGGCCCCUCACCAGCCUACACAAGGACAGCGUCAUGUUUCAGUGAACCAUUCCACUCCAGCACUCCUCGUCUGGCCUCCUCUCACAGCAUGGGGUCUACAAUUGGACUGGGCCAGGCUCAUGGAGGAACCCUGGACAGCCAGGGUGAUGUCCAGGUCUCCGAGGAUGACCUGAGCAGCCGCUGGAGACAGCUCAGCGUGGAAGACAUCAACACCUUCUCAUCUUCUUAUCGCAACAUUACAGGGCGGGUUUCUCCAUACAGUUUCUCUGAACGCCACUUUGCCAUGGGCCCCUCCAGUAAAGUCAAAGGGUCUCUCUACAGCAGCUUCCAAGAAGGAGACGACGUCUUCCACAGUCGGGUGCUGGAGCAGUGCUUUCCCAUGAGUUCCUCCUCUCCCAGCCGCAGUCCCAAGCCAAAAGAGCAUCGCAAGCAGGAGAAAACUUCUGUGCUGUAUAGAGCCAAGGAUGACAGUCAGGACUCUGAGAGCAGUUUGUUCCUCUCAGGGAGCUCUAAAGACAAGGAGAGCAGCGGGGGAGCGACAGCGGCAAGCAGCGCAAAGAAGGACUACGUGAAUCUGAGCGCAGACAGUUCGGCUGAUUCCUUACACCAAAGCUCACUUGAAGCCUCAAGUCUUCAACACUACCCCACCCCCAGGCCGAGCGUCCGGCCCCGCCCGAGCUCCAGCUCUGCUCUCAGCAUCGGCCCCGCGCUCCCAAAGAAGACUUCUGCAAGAUACCAAAAGUUUGGCAGUACAGGACUGACGAGAAAGGACAGUUUGACCAAGGCACAGCUAUACGGUACGCUGCUGAACUGAGUGGAGAAAGCGAUUUUUAUUUUAUGCAUGAUGAUGACGAUGAUAACGAGUCCUAACUUUCUGUACUGUUCUGUAUCUCUCCCUGCAGCAAACACAUACUUGGUGUGAUGGGGUGUUCCGAUGUUGUUUUAUGUAUCUUAGCCACGGCACGUUUCACGCAGUCUGCAACCUUUUUCUCUAUUGUACGUCAGUGUAUUUAUCGACCUGAGACAUGCUAGUCAGUAUGUUUUUGUUUAAGUGAUGGCGAUAUUUAGAGGCACCAGGAUAAAACCACAUUCUCUCUACAACACAAAGAUACUGUGCUAUUCACUCUUUUUUUAAGUACUGUUAGUAAAACCAGCAAAAGAUCAUUAAUUCUAUAUAUACAAGUACUGAAAAUGAAGUGUGUUUAAUGAGAUGACUUAAUUCUGCAUGUUUGCGAGAGGUUAUCCAUUAGGUUUAGGCAGGCUGCGCUGACUGCAAACUGUUAAAACAAUUUACUUUCACUUACACAAAUGCAUGUUGUGUAAUGCAUAUGAAUAAGGUGGAAAAAACAUUUCCAGCUAAACUGUUUUUCAAAGAGACAUUAUCUGUAGGCAACCCUUACCAGAAGGAAAUAUUCUCCAACUGGCUAAAUACGAGAUUUAAAUAAUAUAUAUUUAUUUCAAGGCCAUAUGAUAUUUCAUAGCAAGAUUUAUAUAGCUAAUAGAGUAAUCCCACACUUCUUAAUAAGAACCCUAAAUUGCCUACAUUUGUCAGCUAUAAAAUAUACAAAUAUAUAUUUAAAUAAUAUACUUAUUAUGAGAGGAAAUACACAAAUAUAACCAGGUACCCAUUCAGUAAAACCUAUUACACAGACAUACAGUAUUGUGCAAAAGUCUCCAGCCACCUUUUUUUUAUGUUUUGUCUCUUUCUUGUUAUUUUUUUAAAUGUUGUUU